AAAAGCGGUAGGAACGCCGCGUAUAUCCGUACCUUCUCACUGUUUACUCAUCUUUCCACGGCGAUUCUAGAGUGGUGCGUAGUUUGCAACGUCGCUGACGUACACGGAGGAAUUCAACUCGCGAGUCCAACGACAAAGUGAAUUCCUGAAGGACGGAGGAUGCACGAAGGGCUCCUCCUGAUGGUUCGCAGUUAAACGGAUCGGAGAUUUUUCAAGGGACCAAAAAAGGGGCCGAGCUCUGGGAUCAUGGGAUCAAGAUGUCAGCUGACGUUGGCGAUCGUUCUGUUUCUUCAGUCGACUCUGCUGCAUGCCCAUCGUGAACACAAGGUGCACAACAUCGUGCUGUAUCCGGAUAAGCACAGCUGGUGCAAGACAACCCCCAUCAAACAGGUGGUUACCUGGCCGCAAUGUUCUUCGCAGGAAUUGGACAACAACGUGUGCGUCGGUGCUUGCUUCUCGUACAUGGUGCCCCAUAGCGAACCCUCCGCUCCUGGCGACCUGAUAAGACCCUAUUGCGACUCUUGCCAACCUUUAGACAGCGUCUGGCACACGGUUAUCCUGGAUUGCAAGGACGAGGAGAAUAAUCCUAUAACGAUGCAGAAGAAGGUUCAGAUCAUCACCAAUUGUUCCUGUAGCUCCUGCAUGGAAACCUCCAAGAUCAAACCGGAUUACAAUACCUUGCUUCAAUCGUUAACCGAGGAAAAUCUCGAUAAAAACGUGAAUAUCGUUCACGAAACACCGGAUUUGUUGCUGAACCCUAAUUUAAACGCUUCGAAGAACUCGACCGGAGACGGUGUCCAAGCCAACGAGAGAUUCUUGCAGUUGUUCAAACAGCUGAAGGAUUCGGAAAAGUUGGACGAGUCUGGCGCCAAGGAGCUAUUCUCAAAAUUCGAGGAAGACGUGGAUCUGACCAAGUUGAGGGAGCUACUGAAGAAGUACAGUCAGGAGGAGGAGAAAGAACACUCGCAUCAACAUCAGCACCAACAUCAGCAUCAGUCGUCGGGAAAACAACAGCAGCAACCGCCGCAAUUGCAGCAGCAGCAGCAACAACAGCAUCAUUCGACGACGACGAUGCUUCAUCGAGGACCCCAUCACUCGAUGGUCUUAGAUUCGGACGUUAAAGAGAAGAUCGAUGUGGAGCCCCAUUAUCUGCAUCCGGCUGUCGCUGGCCAGGAAAUCAGCUACCACGACAAUGUGCUCGUGGACAAGGAUAAGAAGAAGGAUUUCUGAAGCAAAGAAAUCGCAUGAUUAGUUGACUUUUUAAUCGUCAGACAGAUCAAAAAGUUCGGGAUCGUUUCUUUUUUUCUGUUUCGUUGAGGAUCAUUCACAUCUGCCUAGUCCAAUCUGCAAUAAAUUACUUGAUUCGUUGUAAAUAGACCAGAAUCUUCGUUUUUUCUUUUUAUUUUUUAAUUUUAGAAUAAAGAAUAACGCUACGUAUCAUUCGUUGAAACGUCAUACAUAAUUAUCGCGAAGAUAUCACGUUCGAAAAUGCCUUAAAACAAAAGGAUUGCCUUCCAAGGCUGAUUUCCUGAUCGUCGUUGAAAAUGAGAUGUGGAAUGGAUGAAAGAAAGAAAGAGAGAGAGAGAGAGAGAACGCGAGAGAAAGAGAAAUUCUAAUAUAUAUUUAAUUAUUAUUAUUAUUAUAUUAACUAUUUAACACGCUCGAGCGCUUAAUAAAGAAAUCUACGUCUGUUUAAAAUUACUUCUUAACUAGCACAACUGACAAAUCAUUGUAAACGUCUAAAGACGUUUUAUUUCGUUGACUGCUUUUUAAAGUUAUACAUUGUAUUCAGUGUCUCACAGAGAAUAAACAAAGAGUCAGCGAA